UGAGCCGGAAUCGCUGACUCGUCAGAAACGAGUUCCUAGUCAACCAGCCCAACUCGCACCUUUGUUUUUUUAUUGGGCAAGUCGAAAGAGGCCGUAGUUCACUUGUUCUUGUUCUUCCUUAUUAGGGCACAUCUUUCUUUGUAUUUCUCUAUCUAUAGUCUAUACACACUCUAAUAAGCAAAAUCCACAAUCUGCACUUCAAUGGCGGCCAUUAAACCCUAAUCAGGGAUCUGAAGGAACACUUGAUCUAUCGUGGGUCGAAAUCCAGCAUAGACAUUUUUAGGGGUGAAUUGGAAUCGACGAUUUGUAUUUUUGGAACUCUAGGGAUUGUUUUCGUGUGUGUUUUGACUUCUGGGUUCGAUCUGAUUUAUUUUGGAUUAUAACAAAUGGAGCCCACGGAGGUUAAAAAGAGGGGUCGAGGUCGACCAAGGAAGCGGAGGCUAGACGAGGAUGAAAUUGAUAAAAAGGUGGACUUCGCUAUUAAGAAGCAAGCUUUGGAAAUGAGAUGGAAGCCCCUUGUGGGUAGAUAUUUAAUAAAAGAAUUUGAUGGUAAUGGGAUUUUUCUGGGGAAAAUAGUGUACUACGACAAUGGGUUAUAUAGAGUAGAUUAUGAGGAUGGGGAUUGUGAGGAUUUGGAGAGUAGUGAGCUACGUCAGUUAAUUUUAGGUGACAAUGAUUUUGAUGAUGAUUUGAUUGAAAGGAGGAAGAAAUUAGAUCAAUUAGUGUUAGAAAAGAGUUUAAAGAAUAAGAAGAAUUUGGAGAAGGAAGUAGCUGAUUUGAAAAAUGAGGUGGAUAGAGUUGAAACAUCUGCAAUAACUGAUUUGAGUGGUGAAGCAGCAGUUGAGAAUGAUGGGGCACAAGGUGAGGGUGAUGCAGAUUCUUCGAGUGAUUCAUGUGAGUAUGCAGCAAAUGCGGGUUUGGAACAAGAGGCAGAGAUCCUGACUGUACCACCCCCGCAAUUGCCCCCAUCAUCAGGGACUGUAGGCGUGCCAGAGGAAUGUGUUUCACAUAUUUUCUCAGUGUAUGGAUUCUUGAGGUCAUUUAAUGUCUGCCUCUUCUUGAGUCCAUUUACGUUGGAUGAUUUGGUUGGGGCAGUUAACUGUAAUGUUAAGAACACACUGCUGGAUGCCAUUCAUGUAGCUUUGAUGCUUGUGCGGAGACGACAUCUCGAAGCACUCUCUUCGGAUGGUUCAGAUAUUGCAUCAAAAUGCUUGAGGUGCAUUGAUUGGAGUUUACUGGACUCACUCACCUGGCCUGUUUAUUUGGUCCAAUAUUUUACAGUAAUGGGAUAUGCAAAAGGACCAGAGUGGAAAGGAUUUUAUGAUGAUCUACUGAACAAGGAAUAUUGUUCCUUACCAGUGAGUAGGAAGCUGAUGAUUCUGCAAAUUCUGUGUGAUGAUGCCUUGGAUUGCGCAGAGCUAAGAGCAGAAAUUGAUAUGCGGGAAGAAUCAGAAGUUGGAUUAGAUCCUGAUGCACUCGCAACCAAUCUUCCUGAAAAUGGUCCGAGAAGGGUCCAUCUCAGAUAUUCCAAGGCUUCAGCAUGCAAGGACAGGGAGGGUAUGGAGAUUAUUGCUGAAAGCCAUGGAACUAAGUCUUCUUGUAGUUCAAUGUAUUUGGGGUCCAAAUUUUCUAAAGGGGAGGGAGAUGGUCCUGGUGUUGAUGUAGACAUCAACAGUGACGAAUGCCGUCUUUGUGGCAUGGAUGGGACCUUGCUUUGUUGUGAUGGUUGCCCAUCAGCAUAUCAUUCCAGAUGCAUAGGCGUUGUCAAAAUGUAUAUACCAGAAGGGCCAUGGUAUUGUCCAGAGUGCACAAUUAACAAGCAGGGACCUACUGUUGUCAUGGGAACCUCACUUAGAGGAGCUGAAAUAUUUGGUGUUGAUUUAUAUGAGCAAGUCUUCUUGGGUACUUGCAAUCACUUACUGGUGAUCAGAGCUUCAAUUGGCACUGAGCCAUGUCUGAGAUACUACAGUCAGAAGGAUAUACCAAUGGUGCUGCAAGUUCUUUCUUCCUCUGUGCAGCAUAGAUCUCUAUACUCGGAGAUAUCUAAGGCAAUUGCAGAGUAUUGGAAAAUUCCAGAAACUGCCUUCUUCCCUUUUGAGACAAUGAAAAGAGGUUUAGAUAUAUCAUCUAUGAAUGAAGAUGAAAAAUCUUCUACUUUAUCAGUUCCAUAUGCAUUCAAGGAAAGCUAUAAAGUUGCAUAUGCUGGUGAGGCUGAGAAUGUGAUUAGUCUAAAUGUAAGUAAUGUAGAUAAUGUGACUGUCUCAUGUCUUGAUGCCUCCAUCAAUACAACAAUACAAGCUCACCGUCAUGGUAUCCUGAGCAAUGGUGAUACAAAAAAUUGCCAUCUCCUGAAUACGAGAUUAACUGAGCAGAUUAAAGUGGAGUCUGCUGGUUCAGUUAACCAGCAGAUUGGUCCAUCAGAUGUAGCUCAACGUAGUUUUGUUGACAGAUCAAGUGUGAUAACUACUUGCACCUCUGCAAACAGUGAUGGAAGUCAUAUUGGGCAUGGGAAUGCUACUUCUUUACCAGCAGUUGCAUCAUCCCAAGGCAAGGAAAGCAAUCAUGCAGUCUUUGGAGGGGUUGAGGAAAACUUGAUGGAUAAUGUUGUGUAUGUGGGUACCUUUUUUAAGCCUUACUCUUACAUAAAUCACUAUGUGCAUGGGGAUUUUGCAGCAUCUGCUGCUGCUAAUCUAGCUGUUCUUUCAUCUGAGGAAAGUCGUGUUUCAGAUACUCAUAAAUCGGGCAAUGCUAGGAAGGUCAUCUCUGACAUGUCAUUGCAAAUAAAAGCAUUUUCGAUGGCGGCCUCUCGUUUUUUCUGGCCAAGUUUUGAAAAGAAGCUUAUGGAGGUUCCAAGGGAGAGGUGUGGCUGGUGUCAUUCUUGUAAGCUCCCUUCUAAUAACAGAAGGGGAUGUAUGUUAAACUCAGCUGCCUUGACUGCUACUAAAGGUACCUUGAAGAUCCUCAGUGGCCUUCGUCCCAUAAUGAAUGGAGAGGGCAGUCUUCCUAGCAUUUCAACUUAUAUUUUGUACAUGGGAGAGGUUUUAUGUGGUAUUACAGUAGGCCCCUUUGAGAGCACAAGUUACAGAAAACAGUGGCGUAAAAGAAUAGAAGAUGCUUCAACUUGCAGUGCAAUAAAAGGCCCCUUGCUUGAGCUUGAGGAAAACAUCCGCACUAUUGCUCUUUCUGGGGACUGGGCCAAGGCAAUGGAUGAUUGGUUGGUUGAUUCUCCUGUGAUUCAAUGUUCUACAAGCACCAUUGGAACCACACAAAAACGUGGACCAGGUGGGAAGCGGCAUAGGAGGCAAUCUGGUAUGUCUGACAUUAGAGCUGAUGGUUGUGAUGACAAAAGUUUUGUCUGGUGGCGAGGGGGAAAGCUACUAAAGCAUGUGUUCCAUAAACAAAGUUUGCCUCAGUCGGUGCUUAGAAGGGCAGCUAGGCAAGGUGGUUCAAGAAAGAUUUCUGGUGUGUAUUAUGCUGAUGAUCCUCAGCUUCCUAACAGAAGCAGACAGAUGGGUUGGAGAGCUGCAGUUGAGAAGAGUAAGAAUGCAUCACAGCUAGCACUUCAGGUUAGAUAUCUAGACAUUCAUGUGCGAUGGAGUGAUCUUUUUCGUCCUGAGCAGAAUCUUCUAGAUGGAAAAGGUCCAGAGACAGAAGCCUCCUGUUUUAGAAAUGCAAUCAUUUGUGAUAAGAAAACUGAUGAAAACAAGAUUAGUUACGGAGUCGCAUUUGGGAAUCAAAAACAUCUCCCUUCCCGCAUCAUGAAGAAUAUAAUUGAAAUAGAGCAAAGUGCAGAUGGAAAGGAGAAAUAUUGGUUUUUCGAAACACAUGUUCCUCUAUAUUUGAUCAAAGAGUAUGAAGAAAAGGUUGACAAGGUGUUUUUGCCAUCACCUAAUAAAUCUUUGAAUGAACUAUCUGAGUUACAGAGACGGCAAUUGAAAGCUUCUCGCAGGGAUAUAUUUUUAUAUCUUGCUUAUAAGAGAGAUAAGUUGGAGAGAUGCUCUUGUGCAUCUUGUCAACAUGAUGUUUUACUCAGGAAUACUGUCAAGUGCAGUGGUUGCCAAGGUUAUUGUCAUAAAGACUGUACUGUAAGUUCAAAAAGUUAUAUGAAUGAGGAUGUUGAAUUCUUGAUUACCUGCAAGCAGUGUUACAAUGCCAAAGCUGUUACUCAUGAAAACAGUAAUGAGUCUCCGACUACUCCCUUGCCCUUACAAGGGCAAGAAUCUCAUAAUAUACAGACAGCCACCAAAAUCACAAGGAUUAAAUUUCGUAAUCAACCAUUAAUAUCUAUCAGAACCCAGGAGAGUAGCUCUGAGAUGAAACAAACUAAUGCUUCUAGUCUGGCAACGAAAAACAGAAGUAGAUUAUGUAGUUGGGGUGUCAUUUGGAAGAAAAAGAACACUGACACAGGAAUUGAUUUCAGGCGUGAGAACAUUCUUUUUAAGGGCAAUUCAGAGAGGUUGAAGCCUGUAUGUAACCUUUGCAAAAAGGCAUAUAAUCGUGAUCUGAUGUAUAUCCAUUGUGAAACUUGCAACAGUUGGUUUCAUGCUGAAGCUGUGGGACUCGACGAGUCAAAACUUUCAAAUGUGGUGGGCUUCAAAUGCUGCAGGUGUCGUAGAAUAAAAUCACCCAAGUGUCCUUAUGAUAUCCCUGAAGGUGAGAAGCCAGUGAGCCAUAAGCCAUGUGAGAGGGUGUUGAAGAAAGGAUAUAUAGGAGUUGGCUAUGAUUCUGGAACUGUUGCCGAAUCUAAAGUGUGUGAGCCCACUACUCCAAUUUAUCCCAUGGAGGAAGUGUUGGUACAGGAUGAUGAUCCUCUGCUUUUCUCUGUUUCAAGAGUUGAACAAAUUACGGAGGACAAUUCUAGAGCAGAGCUUGAAUGGAAUGCUACUGGACAGGGCCCACAGAAACUACCAGUCAGAAGGCAUACAAAGCCUCAAUUCAAUGCUGAAGGUAUGUUUGAGAACAACCAUCACACAGAAUCAUCUGUGCCUGUUGAUAGGAAUAACCUCAUGAACCCUAAAGAGGAGUUACCUUCUUGUGCGGAGUGGGAUGUUUCCUCUAAUGGCCUUGAAGGCGAGGUGAUGUUUGACUAUGAAGGUCUGAACUAUGAGGAUAUGGAGUUUGAACCGCAGACGUAUUUCUCAUUUACAGAGUUGUUGGCAUCUGAUGAUGGUGGCCAGUUGGAAGGGUUUGAUGCUUCGGGGAAUGUUUUGGGAAACUCUGAAAAUCAGUCUUGUACAGUUUCACAUGAUGGAUUUCUUGAACAGUGCGCAAUGGAUAUAUCUGUUGAUCAGCAGGAACCAGUGACCACUCUGGAGUCGACCAUUAAUGCUAAGCAAUGUAAGAUGUGUUCACACUCAGAGCCAGUCCCUGACCUUUCGUGUGAGAUUUGCAACUUGGUGAUACACAGUCAUUGUUCACCUUGGGUUGAGUCCUCAUCUCCAGGAGGCACCUGGAGCUGUGGUAAUUGCAGAGAAUGGCGGUAGGCAACUUUGUUGUCUCGUGGGGUUUCAAGUUUUUUGGUUGGAAGCAGUGAUGCAUAGAGAAGUUACAUUGGACAAGGAUUGAACCAAACAUAGUUGAUCAAAUAUUUUUUGGAUGAAGCAGGCAAGCAUAUGGAGGUUGUGCAUUAUUAUGGGAAAGAUGAUGAUGAACCAUUUUGAUUCUUCAUAACUGAGGCAGCUGGGUAUGCUUUUGUAAAAUGUGCAUUGGUGGUGAGGGGGUUGAUGCUUCAGGGUAGAGCCCUCCCCUCUAAUCCUACUUAAAGAAGCAGUCCUUUGUGAAGUCCCGACCAUUUUUAAUUCGGGUCUAAUUGGUUCGCUUCACAACCUCACAGAUAUUCCCUUAAUGGGAGAUAAGCAGGUUUUUUAAUUUGUGCUUAUCUGAUAACCUUGCUUGUAUAGAUCACAUUUGCAGCCCAAAUUUUUUAUGAGAUUAAGUUUAAAAGCAUAAUUUUUACA